GUCACGUGCCGUGACAGCUGCUGGGGCGAGGCCGGCGUCGCCGCCCGCGCUGGUUGGGGCUGUGUCUGUGGGAGGCGCUGGGGUGAUGGCGGUGGAGACUCUGUCCCCUGACUGGGAGUUUGACCGCGUUGACGACGGCUCACAGAAAAUUCAUGCUGAAGUCCAACUUAAGAAUUAUGGAAAAUUUCUUGAGGAAUAUACAUCUCAAUUGAGAAGAAUCGAGGACGCGCUGGAUGAUUCAAUUGGAGAUGUUUGGGAUUUCAAUCUUGAUCCUAUAGCGUUAAAGCUUUUGCCUUAUGAACAGUCUUCCCUUUUGGAACUGAUAAAGACUGAAAACAAGGUCUUAAACAAAGUCAUCACUGUUUAUGCUGCACUUUGUUGUGAAAUCAAGAAAUUAAAAUAUGAGGCUGAAACUAAGUUUUACAAUGGGCUCUUGUUUUAUGGAGAAGGAGCUACAGAUUCCAGCAUGGUGGAAGGUGAUUGCCAAAUUCAAAUGGGAAGAUUUAUUUCAUUCUUACAGGAACUGUCUUGUUUUGUUACGAGAUGCUAUGAAGUGGUGAUGAAUGUAGUCCAUCAGUUGGCCGCCCUCUAUAUCAGUAACAAGAUUGCCCCCAAAAUUAUAGAGACAACUGGAGUUCAUUUUCAGACUAUGUAUGAGCACUUGGGAGAACUGCUGGCAGUUUUGCUCACUCUGGAUGAAAUUAUUGAUAAUCAUAUCACACUGAAAGACCACUGGACUAUGUACAAAAGGUUACUGAAGUCUGUACAUCACAACCCUUCCAAAUUUGGAAUUCAGGAAGAAAAACUAAAGCCAUUUGAAAAGUUCUUGUUAAAACUAGAAGGGCAGUUACUUGAUGGCCUGAUAUUUCAGGCUUGUAUAGAACAACAGUUUGAUUCUCUCAACGGUGGAGUAUCUGUGUCAAAGAAUAGCACUUUUGCUGAAGAAUUUGCACAUAGUAUUCGCUCAAUUUUUGCAAAUGUAGAAGCCAAACUUGGAGAACCUUCUGAAAUUGACCAGAGAGACAAGUAUGUUGGAAUUUGUGGACUCUUUGUACUGCACUUUCAAAUUUUUCGAACUGUUGAUAAAAAAUUUUAUAAGUCUUUGUUGGAUAUUUGUAAGAAGGUACCAGCCAUCACAUUAACUGCUAAUAUUAUUUGGUUUCCUGAUAAUUUUCUGAUCCAGAAAAUACCAGCAGCUGCCAAACUUCUAGACAGAAAAAGUCUUCAAGCCAUUAAAAUACACAGGGAUAGUUUCUUACAGCAGAAAGCUCAAUCACUUACCAAAGAUGUACAGUCUUACUACGUCUUUGUGAGCUCAUGGAUGAUGAAAAUGGAAUCUAUUUUAUCUAAAGAGCAGAGAAUGGAUAAAUUUGCCGAAGACCUCACCAAUAGAUGUAAUAUUUUUAUACAGGGCUUCUUAUAUGCAUAUAGUAUUAGUACUAUUAUUAAAACCACGAUGAAUCUCUACAUGUCCAUGCAAAAGCCAAUGACCAAAACCUCAGUUAAGGCAUUAUGCAGGCUUGUUGAACUUCUGAAGGCAAUAGAGCAUAUGUUCUACAGAAGAAGCAUGGUUGUGGCUGAUUCAGUUGCACAUAUAACACAGCACCUUCAACACCAGGCUCUUAAUUCUAUUUCUGUAGCCAAGAAAAGAGUAAUUUCUGACAAAAAAUACAGCGAACAGCGUCUUGAUGUGCUCUCUGCUCUAGUUUUGGCUGAAAAUACUCUAAAUGGACCAAGCACAAAGCAACGGCGACUUAUCGUUUCUUUGGCACUAAGUGUUGGCACACAAAUGAAAACAUUCAAAGAUGAAGAACUCUUUCCACUUCAAGUAGUCAUGAAAAAACUGGAUCUUAUCAGUGAACUUAGAGAACGGGUUCAGAUACAGUGUGACUGUUGUUUUUUAUACUGGCAUCGAGCAGUCUUCCCAAUUUAUUUAGAUGAUGUAUAUGAAAAUGCCGUUGAUGCAGCUAGAUUACAUUACAUGUUCAGUGCUUUACGAGACUGUGUGCCGGCUAUGAUGCAUGCAAGGCAUUUAGAGUCCCAUGAGAUUCUCCUGGAUUGCUAUGACAAGGAAAUUAUGGAAAUUUUAAAUGAGCAUUUGUUGGACAAGUUGUGCAAAGAAAUAGAGAAGGAUCUGAGACUUUCUGUGCAUACUCAUUUAAAGCUGGAUGACCGGAACCCUUUCAAAGUUGGCAUGAAAGACCUGGCUCUUUUUUUCUCUCUAAAUCCAAUUAGGUUUUUCAAUCGCUUCAUUGACAUUCGAGCUUAUGUAACUCACUACCUAGACAAGACUUUCUACAAUCUCACAACAGUAGCCCUUCAUGAUUGGGCCACGUACAGUGAAAUGAGAAAUUUAGCUACUCAACGUUAUGGAUUGGUUAUGACAGAGGCACAUCUUCCUAGUCAGACUUUGGAACAGGGCCUUGAUGUUUUGGAAAUCAUGAGAAACAUUCAUAUAUUUGUGUCUCGAUACCUCUAUAAUCUCAACAAUCAGAUUUUUAUUGAACGAACAAGCAAUAACAAACAUUUGAAUACUAUUAAUAUUCGGCAUAUUGCUAAUUCAAUUCGAACACAUGGCACAGGAAUCAUGAAUACCACAGUUAAUUUCACUUACCAAUUUUUGAAAAAGAAGUUCUAUAUAUUUAGCCAGUUUAUGUAUGAUGAACAUAUCAAGUCCAGAUUGAUUAAAGAUAUUCGGUUUUUCAGGGAAAUCAAGGACCAAAAUGAUCAUAAGUAUCCUUUUGAUAGAGCAGAAAAAUUCAAUCGAGGCAUCAGAAAACUUGGAAUAACACCAGAGGGACAGAGCUAUCUUGAUCAGUUCAGGCAACUCAUCAGCCAAAUUGGUAAUGCUAUGGGCUAUGUACGAAUGAUAAGAUCUGGUGGUCUUCAUUGUAGCAGCAAUGCCAUUAGAUUUGUGCCUGAUCUUGAAGAUAUUGUAAACUUUGAGGAACUAGUGAAAGAAGAAGGUCUUUCAGAGGAAACAUUAAAAGCAGCAAGGCAUUUGGACUCGGUCCUCAGUGAUCAUACACGAAAUUCUGCUGAAGGCACAGAAUAUUUCAAAAUGCUUGUAGAUGUUUUUGCUCCAGAAUUUCGAAGGCCAAAGAAUAUACAUCUCCGAAAUUUCUAUAUCAUUGUUCCUCCUCUAACUCUCAACUUUGUAGAGCAUUCCAUUAGUUGCAAGGAAAAAUUGAAUAAAAAAAAUAAAAUUGGAGCAGCCUUUACUGAUGAUGGUUUUGCCAUGGGUGUGGCUUACAUCCUAAAGCUUUUGGAUCAGUACCAGGAGUUUGAUUCACUUCACUGGUUCCAGUCUGUUAGAGAGAAAUACCUGAAGGAGAUAAGAGCAGUUGCUAAGCAACAGAACAUACAAUCAGCUAGUCAAGAUGAAAAACUAUUGCAAACCAUGAACCUCACUCAGAAGCGACUGGAUGUCUAUCUACAGGAAUUUGAAUUGCUCUAUUUCUCACUGAGCAGUGCAAGAAUUUUCUUCAGAGCAGACAAGACUGCAGCUGAAGAGAACCAAGAAAAGAAAGAAAAGGAAGAAGAAACUAAAACAAGCAAUGGAGACCUGUCUGACUGCACUGUGUCUACUGAUCCUGUUGUGAAGUGAUAUUGAUGGUAUGAAAUCAUCAGAAUUGUGUUAAUAUUUUUGCCAGUGAAAUGGAUGUUGUAAGCUAUCAUCAAAUUGUUUCCUGGGUCACAUCUCUGGAAAAUAUUUUAGUUGUGACAACUCUUAAGGCAGUACUCUGAAGUUCAGCCAUUCUGUUUACAAAGGCUCUGCUUUUCAAAGGUUGAGAAUAAGAUUUUAAAAUUUGACUUUUGCCUAGACUUUAGGCUAGAAGAUGUUUCUAGGAAAAAUUAUUUGUUGGCAAAUCCAGAUUCCUAAAAUGUCACCUCAGAUCUCUUGCAGUCUACAAGUGUUUGUAAUUUAUAUUUGCAUAGGUCUUUAUCUCAAGUCAUUGGAAAUUCAAUGCAUAUACUAUAUAGCCAGUAAAUACAUGUCUUAAAAAAAAAGGAAUUGAACCUGAAAUUUAUGAAGCAUACAUAUCAAUAUUCUUACAAAAAGAGUAUGUGAAGACGACUUUGAUACUGGAGGUGAGGUACAAAUGUGUUAUGUACCCUUUGUGUACAGUAUAACUGAUGAUCCUUCGUUGUUAAUUUCAUGUGACUCACAAGAGCUGCUGCUGAUGUCUUUUGAUGAGACAUUGUAAUUAGUUUACAUUGCUUUGGGAACAUUUAACCUCCAACAACUGCUUUAAGAUUUACUUAAUACUCAAAAGUCAGAUAAAGCCAUAGAAUCCUGCUUGUUCACUUCUGGUUGAUAUCAGAAUAAGUUGAAUGAAUUGUUUCUACAUCUAAACUCAGGUUUCUUCUAUGUUAGGUUAAAUUGAAAUCCUGAUGGUUUGGGCAGGCUUUUUCUUCAUAUCAAGUAUAAUCUAAAAUACAAGAUUGAAUAAUUGCACUGUGCAGGCUUUUAAAAAAUUACCACUGUGAGAAUAAAACUCUAAUAAAUCACUUCCUGAUUUUAAAAAUAUAGAAAGAUUUUGAAUAAAUUUUAGUUCCCGGCAAGCUACUGGCUUUAUUUUUGUAAAGAUGUUAGUUAAUAAUUACAUGGUUUAAUUUUGGCCUUUUUAAAUAUAAUAAAAUAAUACCUUUAUGAUGAAAAGGAAAAUUUAAAACUUUAAAUGUAAUACAAAUAUCCUUUGGGAAAAUGCUUGAUUUUUCUGUUGCAUUUGCCUGCUAAACAUUUCUCUGGAUAAAUCCUGCAAGGAAGGAAUUCUAACAUUUUUGGAAUGGGUAUUCAGUGCUCUGUCUGUGCUCAUUGGUUUAGGGUCAGGAAAACUUUCCCAGCCCAAGAUAAAUACCUUCUCUAUUAAAGUCAGAAGAAACAGAAUUUGUAGAAACUGUUUUAUGUUUAUUAUGUAAACAUGGCUUAAAAAUUAUGGACAAUGGAUAGAUUAAAGACAUUUGAUAUUUUUAAUUCAUACUAACUGUAGAAAUGGCCCUAAAGCAUGCUGCAUAAUUGAUAAUUUAUAUUUUCAUUAUUAUAAAUGUUUAUAUUAAUGAUAUUGCAUUUAAUUGUAUCAAAUUAGUCACCAUUUCAUAGCAACAGUAUUGUUUUCUGUUUUUCUUCUCUAACUUUCUAAAAUUAUAUCCUUCAAUGGGGAUAGAAAUUGUGAUUAAAAGAAUCACAUUUCUUGAUUAUCCCCAUAUGUAAAUUAAUCAUUUUAUCAAUACUAGAGGCCACAUGCUGACUCCCUGGAUACCUACAAUUGGGAAGAAAGUGACAGAUUAUUAUUUCACCUUUAGUUCAAAAUAACAUCACUGCAGUCUGGAGAAAUUAUAAUUUCACAUACUUGAAAUAAAAUCUCUGAAAAGUAUUUAAAUGGUAUCAAACUGCAGAGCAACAGGGCUUCAGUGUAUUCCCACCUGAGUUAAUAUAUACACUUGGAUGUUUUUUCUCACUAACAUAUUAAUGUUAAUAUUUUUUCAGACAUACUGUAAUUUAAAAAUUAAUGUGAACAUUUGUUAUAAGUUCACAGAAAACUUAAUGAUGUUCAAAUUCUCAGGAAUUAAGGACUAACCAUACAUUGUCAGUUCAAAUUAAAUUUUGUAAAGGAUGGCAAGUUUGUUACCUCACUUGAGUGGGGGUUCCCUCUCCCAAUUCUAAGAAAAUACAAUAUGUAUAAUAAAACAUUAAUAAAUAUAAUUUUAAAUUUUUC